CCCAGCAGAUGAAACAGAACUUUUGCAAGAUGAACGACCUGGUCGGUGAACUGCAGCAGGAAAAGCAGAGGGUAGCAACUCUCCAGGAGGAGAAUGCCGGACGGAAGCGGCAGUUGGAGGAGCGCAACGCCAGUCUGCAGCAGCGAGUGCGCCAAUUGGAGCAGCUAAAUGCGCAAUUGGAGCAGUUCAACGGCGAGCGUGUGGGAAUACUGCAGCAAUUGCAGGAGGAGAUGUCCAAGUACGCGACCAUCCAGGAGAAGUUCCACGAACAGGAGCAGACCAUGCAGAUGAUUGUGCGCGAGCUGGAGGCAGAUCGCCUGGCGCUGCUCGAUGAAUUGGCCGUGAAGGACAUCAUGAGCUCGGACAGCAUCGACGACCUGAGCGAGGAGGUGAACGAUCUCAACUCCCAGCUAAACGGGAUGUCCGAGGACAUCACCUGCUCCAUCUGCCUGUCGCCCUGGGAAUCUGAAGGCGGGCAUCGCGUGGUGUCGCUGCGCUGCGGCCACCUCUUUGGCCAGAAGUGCAUCCGCACAGCCCUCCGGAACUCGCGCCAGUGCCCCAUCUGCAUGAAGAGAGCCCAUCCCGCCGAUGUCCGCAAAAUCUACGGUCGCAGCAUUUUGCCAUGUUAAUGGCU